AUGAAGUUUUUCAGUCGUUCUGGUGCUCUGGCAGCACUCCUGGCCACAACAUCUCUCCUCGAUGGAGCUGCCGCCCAAUCCCCUACGCCGGUCGUCUUGACCGACUCCAAGACCGGCAUCAUCUUCGACACUUGGUCCGCAACUAGCGCUCAGACGGCCGGGGGCAUGACGUACGGUUUCGCCCUGCCUCAAAAUGCCUUGACAACGGACGCCAACGAAUUCGUUGGCUAUCUCCAAUGCGCUUCCAAGAACGGCCAGGGCACCGGCUGGUGCGGUAUCUCCCUUGGCGGAUCGAUGACCAACAAGCUACUUCUCAUGGCAUGGCCCAGUGGCUCUGAUAUCCUGACUUCGUUCCGCUGGGCAACAGGCUACGUGAUGCCAGACGUCUAUGCAGGCGACGCCAAGCUCACACAGAUCUCGUCUACCAUCAAUGCGACACACUAUACCCUCAUCUACCGGUGCCAGAACUGCUUCAGUUGGAACCACAACGGCGCCACUGGUAGUGUCUCAACCAGCGCGGGCUCCCUAGUCCUAGGAUGGGCGCAGGCCUUCACCAGCCCAACCAACCCCACGUGUCCUGCCUCAAUCAACCUGGUCCAGCAUGACAACCAAGGUAUUCAUGGCGCCGCUCUCGAUGCCAAUGCCGCGAACCCCUCGUACUCUGCAUGGGCCGCUUUGGCGACCAAGACCGUCACGGGAAGCUGUGGUGGCGCCACUACAACUUCAGCGCCACCCUCCACCACCACUACGAAGGCACCUACUGGACCUACCGGUGUGCCCGUCCCCUCCGGCACGUAUGACUACAUUGUCAUCGGAGCAGGAGCUGGUGGCAUUCCCUUGGCCGACAAGCUGAGUGAAGCUGGCAAGAGCGUCUUAUUGAUCGAGAAGGGACCGCCAUCUUCCGGCAGAUGGGGUGGCACCAUGAAGCCGACCUGGCUAGAGGGUACCAACCUGACCAGGUUCGAUGUUCCUGGUCUUUGCAACCAGAUUUGGCGCGACUCUGCCGGUAUUGCAUGCCAGGAUACCGACCAGAUGGCCGGUUGUGUUCUGGGUGGAGGCACCGCCAUCAACGCUGCUCUUUGGUGGAAGCCAUAUGCCCAAGACUGGGACUACAACUUCCCAGCCGGAUGGAAGUCGACCGAUGUCGCUGCUGCCACAAGCCGGGUCUUCUCUCGUAUCCCCGGUACAACGACACCAUCUCAAGACGGCAAGGUCUACCUGACGAAUGGCUUCAAUGCUAUCGCCGGCGGACUUCGCACUGCUGGAUGGUCGGAACUCGACCUGAAUGCGAACCCAAACUCCAAGAACCGCACGUUCGGCAAGACGCCGUACAUGUACUCUGGCGGAGAACGCGGUGGCCCCAUGGCGACAUACCUUCUCACCGCAAGCAAGCGCAGCAACUUCAAGCUGUGGACCAAGACGGCCGUCAAACGUGUUGUUCGGACGGGUGGGCACAUCACCGGUAUCGAAGUCGAGCCGUACUUGGACGGUGGAUACACCGGAACGGUCAACGUGACUAACAUCUCGGGCCGAGUGAUUCUGUCCGCAGGAACCUUUGGCAGUGCCAAGCUUCUCCUGCGCAGCGGCAUUGGCCCACAAGAUCAGCUCGAGAUCGUCAAGAGCUCCACUGACGGGCCUACCAUGAUCUCCAAUGCAUCCUGGAUCAACCUGCCUGUCGGAUACAACCUGGAAGAUCACACCAACACCGAUACCGUCGUCACGCAUCCCGACGUGCAGUUCUACGACUUCUACGAGGCGUACACUGACCCCAACGUCACUGACAAGAACCUCUAUUUGCAGAAGAGAAGCGGCAUUCUGGCCCAGUCUGCACCCAAUAUUGGCCCUCUCUUCUUCGAGGAGAUCAAGGGUGCCGAUGGCAUCACUCGGCAGAUGCAAUACACGGCCCGCAUGGAGGGCAGUCUUGGGGCCCCCGACGGCAAAACCAUUACCAUCAGCCAAUACCUCGGCCGUGGCGCAACUUCACGCGGCAGGAUGACUAUCCAGGCCAACCUCGGCACCGUCGUGUCCACCGUACCCUACCUUCGCGACCAAAAUGAUGUCGAGGCCGUCAUCAAGGGUCUCGAGAACCUGCAGACCUCCCUCAAGAGCGUGACCAACCUUGUCUGGAACUUCCCUCCGCCGGGUACGACCGUCAGAGACUAUGUCAACAACAUGCUCGUCUCGUACUCGAACCGUCGCGCGAACCACUGGAUCGGCACGAACAAACUCGGGACGAGCGACGGUCGCAGCAAAGGCGAUUCUGUCGUUGACGUCAACACCAAGGUGUACGGCACAGAUAACCUCUUCGUCGUUGAUGCCAGCAUCUUCCCCGGGAUGGUCACCACUAACCCGUCAUCGUACAUUGUGGUCUCUGCCGAACACGCCGCCGCCAAGAUUCUUGCCCUCGCAACCUCGACAGCGCAGCCGCUUUACGGGCAGUGUGGUGGAUCGACAUGGAAUGGCAGCUUUCAGUGUGCUGCUGGGUUGAAGUGCACUGUCAAGGACGCCUACUACUCUCAGGUAUGAAUACUUUCCUUCCCUUCUUACCUCUUGCCCCAAUGACUCUAGCAUGUUGCUCGAAGGAGAUGACAAUGAUAUUAACGUGAUUGACAGUGUCUCUGAGUGGGGUUUCGAGGCAGGGUAUCCCAAGUCGAGAAGCGCACGUG